AUGGCAGAAACGACAAAUCAUGAUGUUCAGGAGGUAUUAGGAAACAGAUUACCACCAGAUCGCCGCAAUAGUUCACCCUUUAUACGCACCACAAUAGAUUAUCAUGCUGAUCUGCAAUGGUUUACACAAUCUAUUCCGUUCAGAGAGAAGGCGGAUUAUGGUCUUGGUUGUGACCAAUGCUACAUGAUUAAUAAUUCUUCUGGAAAACAUCGAUAUAUAGCACACACAACUACUUACUGCAAAUGUAACAUAAUAGCUAUUAAGAACAAAGGCUCUUUGUUAUGGGAUUUAUCUAUUCGAUUAUAUCCUGGGAUUACGAUGGCAAAAUCAUAUACACUUUGCAAGUUUGUUGUAAAUAAUAUGACUUGCCUUCGUAAUAGAUGUACACAUCCACAUAACCCCAUUGAACAGAGUUGGUGGAACUUAGAGAAGGCAAACAAAUUGAAUAUCAAAGCAUUUAGAGAAUAUUUACAGUUUGAACGUCUUAUAAAAAUGUUUGGUGGAAGAUUUGUCUUCAUUUGUAAAGAGUGUUAUCUUUCAUCCAGAAAGGUGACUAUUGUUAACCAAGAAGGAAUUUGUCCAAAGCAUCAAACUUUAAUGUGUAAUAGGCUCUUGGUACAUGCUGGUUCCACUGGUUUCACGCCUAUUUUUCCAAGACCAACCAAAAACUUCAGAUUGUGCAAGAAUAUGGACAGAUGUAUUUAUAGUCGUAACGCUUGUUUUUUUGGACAUUCAGAAAAAGAGAUUGCCAUUUGGUCCUUGGAAGGGAAUCUUAAUGAUUACCAAAUCCUGGUGAACUGGAGUCAAUGUACCAAUCCACAAAACUUAGCCAUUUACGUAGAUAUGUUCAAAGAAAAUAAUAUUGAGAAUAUUUUAACGCCACAAUCUGUAAAAUGUAGAGGUGAUUACUGUGAAGAUUGUAGUCUUCAGUUUAAAACGAAACAAGAUUUACUAACCCACAACAAUUCAGUCACUCAUUUAGAUAACAUUAAGUUUGACCAACUACGCCAGUGGAAUUUCAGACAACCUAAAUGGACUUUAAGUAUAUUUACUAUGUGUGACAAGCACAUGAAUGGACAGUUAUGUUCAUUUUCAAAUAUGUCUGCCAGCCUGAAUUAUUGCCCUGAAGCUCAUAGCCAGUUAGAAAUACAAGAAUGGGAAACGAGAAAGCGAUGGAGAGAAAUGAACAAACAAUUAAGUGACGAAGUAGAUAAAUGUAUAAAGAUGCAAAACCUGAUUACAUCUGGAUCAUUAAAGAUGAAACUUCAAAACCUUGUUUUACUUGAUCACGACGACCGUUUAGAAUUUAGUUUUCUGAAAUCACAAGACAAUUCUAAACAUCAACUACUGACCAGUGAUUCAGUUCUAGAAGAAAUUAAUAAUGGGCUCCUCAAAUUCAACAUUGACAUUUAUUUUACAACAAACAAACCAGGCUUUUAUGCACAAACAAUGAUUCUAGAAUUUGAUGAUAAUAUUAUCAUUAGUCAAAAAAUAUCAGUUCUAGUAGACACUAGUAUUGUUAAACCUAUUGGUGAAGUAAUAUUAGAAGAUGUAUCAAUUGACCAAGCAGCGAACCAUGAUGCUUCUUUAAGUAAAAGGUAUCCACCACCAUCUAAAGCGGACUUUAUGAAAGCUAAAUACGAUGAAUGUUUUGUUAUAAAUAGAUAUAAUUAUAAACAUAAAAUGCAUAAAUUGAUAAGCAGUGAAGAAUAUACUCGACAGUUAAUACUUUCUCAAUACAACAUGGAAACUGAAAUAAAUAUUACCAAUGAACUACAAGGAGAGACGUUUCUUUGUGCUCAAAAUGGUGAAUUGUUUGGAAGUAUUGUUUUACAAGAAGAUCUUUGUGAAGAUACAGAUAAAGGGAGGCUAUUGUUAGAAAGUGUACAAUCAACCAUCAUUCAACCAACCACCAUUCAAUCAACCAUCAUUCAAUCAACCAUCAUUCAAUCAACCAUCUACAGGCUGUCAGAUAAUGUCUAUGAAGUUCCCUUAGUCCGAAUGGAAAAGUUUUCUGGCAGGCAUAAAAACCAUAUAUUUAUUAAAUUCAGUUCUGAAAUGGUAACAUAUUUAGACUUAAAACCAAACACAACACUACAAGUAAAUAUAAGAUUUAAAAUGGACAGAGGGUUGUUCUACAGAAUGCACCAUGCUGUUGAUAUUCUUCAGAAUAUGGAUGUCGUGUUUCCUCCUGUCAAUAAAUUAAAUGUUAUUAAUUGGAAUGAAGAAGAUAUCAAGAUAAGUGGUGGAAGGCUAUCAGAAGAUCAGUUAAAGACAGUAAGACAUAUAGUCGCAAAGAAGAAGAACUACUCACCACCGUUGAUAGUGUAUGGACCAUUUGGUACAGGUAAAACAGAAACCUUGGCUGAAUCAACGAAGAUAUUACUGACUGAGAAGAAAUGUCGCAUACUAAUCUGUACUUUCACUAAUAGUGCAGCUGAUAUAUAUUUCACGAAAUAUUUAGAUGAAUUUCUACAGUCAAAACGGCUGAUAAACUCAACAUUAAGAAUAUAUCACAAAGAUAGAAGAUUAAAGACAGUACCAGAAUCAUGUCGACCAUAUAUACUAUAUUCAGAAGAAGACAACUCUUUUUAUUUACCAUCUAAGGAAGAUAUUUUAUCUAAAAAACUUAUUGUAACAACUGUUGAAACUGCUAUAGAACUUACAACAUUGAACGUGAAUGAAUUAUUUACACAUAUAUUUAUAGAUGAAGCAGCACAAGCCUUGGAAUGCCAACUUCUUAUUCCUCUAUCAUUAGCUAAUGAUAAAACCUGUAUAGUUUUAACUGGAGAUCAUCGUCAAAUGAAUCCAACUCUUUACAGUAAAGAUGCUCAAAAACAGGGUUUUGGUCAUUCGUUAUUAGAACGUUUACACAAUUAUUACAAUGGAUUUUUUAUAGAUGAUGACAGUAUGGUCAACCUUUUCCUGAAUCGAAACUACAGAUCUGAAAAAAAAUUGCUUGAAUUUAUAUCAGAUACCUUUUAUGGUGGAUCAAACGUCCUAAUAUGUAAAUCCGGCGAUUGGGGUACUAACGUUUUAGAAUCUAUGAACUUUUAUUGUGUGAAUGGCCAAGAAAUUCAAGAGGAAAACAGCACGUCGUUUUACAACGAGAGUGAAGCGGACCUUAUUGCUGAAGGAGUCGAAUUUAUGUCUAAGAAUUGGCCUCGUACCUGGGGAGAAAUUUGUCUUGAAAGUAUUCAAGUUGUAGCACCUUAUGCCCAACAAGUAAAUUUGAUACGAUCCAAGCUAAGAGAUAGAAGAUUAGGUAGAGUUAGUGUGGAGAGAAUAUAUAACAUCCAAGGAAAGCAAUUCCGAGCACUUUUUAUCAGUACUGUAAGAACAAAAAACAUUUUGAAGUCUGCAGCAAUAACAAAUUGUUUGAAAAAUGACGAUACAGAGAUUGGUGAAUAUGGGUUUCUUACCGAUACAAAUAUGUUGAAUACAGCCUUUACUCGUGCACAGUCCUAUGUUGCAGUUGUCGGUGAUGUAAUCGCACUUUGUAGCAUAGGUCAGUGUCGAGAGAUAUGGAAAAAAUUUAUUUAUCAUUGUCACGAAUUGGGAACACUUUAUCCCAAUAUAUUUGAAGACAUACAGCAAGAAGUUAAUGGAAUUGAAAACUCCGAGUUAGGAAAACUGCUUCAAAAGAGAUUCGACCAAAAAAACAAAAUACAAAGAUUGAUAAUCCCUCAGAUCAAAUGCCACAAGACUCUCAGAAAUGUCUGGAAAUUUGGAAAACUUAGCGACAAGAUCAAAUCCAAACUUUCACGUGGCUUCCUACAACUGCAUGCUGAAAACAAUGGUACUGCGUCACCUGAAGCUAGGCAAAGAAAGGUACCAAAGAAAGUUGAAACGCCUUUUAAGUAUGGGACACAGGUGGAGAAACAUCAAGACGCUAUUGAUGAUACUGAUGAUUGGAAUGAUUUUAAGAUGAAGCCCGAUGAAAUAAUACAAAAACUUGUUGAGAAUUCCACAACAGCAGAUGAAUUAAUGUCUGACACUACAUCAGCACAAAAUGAAAAUAAACCAUUUAAAAUCUCGUAUAAAGUGAAGGAAGAAAGAGGACAUGCGGUCGUUUACCCUGUUAAAUCUGUUAUCCAUGAUAAGGGAAGACAAGUUAUAUCUAAAGAUGAUGUACAAGAUGAAGAGAGUUUAGAAACAUCAGAUGAAGAAGGAGAAAAAUAUAAAGGUGUCACUGACGCACCAAUAAGACGUUCCCGAAAUAAAACACUCCUUCUACAACUUCUAGCUGAUGAACCCAACAAAUACAAGAAAUGUAUGAUUGAGAUUUACAAUGAAAUUAGAAAAGCCCGUUUAAUUUCACCAGAGGAAAAUAUUAGAGAAAUUAAUUUAAGAGAAGAUAGACAAGGAAGAGCUUUAGAAUAUGAUUUGGUUGUAGUCGAAAUCCUGUCUGAUAUCACCGAUUCAACUCAAGAGAUAAGGGGAAGGGUCGUUGGAAUUCUAGAAAGAUCGCUUGAAUUAAGAUAUAAAGUGUUUAUAUGUAGAACAAACUCAAUUAAUACCAGUGUCAUGAUACCAAUAAAUAAAAACAUGCUUCCAAUCAUUAACCUUACCUUACAGGAUCGUGAUAAAAAACAUAAAGAUGGAAAGGUGGUUAUGUACAACUUCACAAAAAGCGGCCAUAUUAAUUUCAAAGGGUACGAAACAAUUGAUCCUUCAAAUCCGAAUAGUAAAUUGUUUAAAGUAAGAGUAUUGAAAUUUUCUAAAACGUCAAAUCUGCCACUAGGCAUAGUGUUCGGAACACACCCAAUAGGUGACAACUUGACCAGUGGAACAUCAAUCAUUGAUAAUCAGUAUCACGUAAAAACCACAUUUACUCAGCAAGUCCUUGAGCUUUGUAAACCAUCUAAGAAAUGCAAGAUAAAUACCCCUUUAUUUCCACAACGAAAAGAUUUGACUCAAAUGAUGUGUUUUACGAUCGAUCCUCCAAAUUCUAUGGAUCUAGAUGAUGCAUUGAGUCUUACCGUCGAAAAUAAUUUGUAUGUUGUUGGUAUCCAUAUUGCUGAUGUUGGCCAUUUUGUUACCAAAGACAGUGCUCUGGAUUUGGCUGCAUUUAAAAGUUGUUGCACAUACUACCGAAUAGAUGAGAAACCAAUCAAUAUGUUACCAGAAUCCUUGAGUACUUCAACUUGUAGUCUUUUACCCAAUGUCAAUCGUCUUACAGUAUCUAUUCUGCUUUAUCUAGACGAACAAUGGAACGUUGUAAGAGCGGAACCUCACAAAGCUAUCAUUAAUUCAAAACAAAGACUUACAUAUGAAGAGGCACAAAAUAUAAUUAAAAGUAAAGGACAACAGGACUAUGUUUCUUGUUCGAUCAAACAACUAAAUGAUAUAGCGGAUGCCUGGAGAGCAAAAAGGGUUGGUGUAGCCUGGGUUUAUAAAAAUAUUGACUUUAUCGAGAAACAUCACGCUCAAGCUCACACUCUAGUAGCAGAGUUAAUGAUAAUGGCCAAUCACCAUGUAGCGUUAAUCUUACAGAAAGCCUUUCCAGAUUGCAGCCCAAUAAGAGUUCAUAUGAAGCCAAAGGAAAAGUCAGCAGAGGAAUGGAAAGGGGAACACUUUGAAGCAGCUUUUAAUUCAGUAUGUUUGGUUCCACCAUGUUGUUCUGAGAACUGCUCACAAAAUGGUCCAUGUAAAUGCUUAGAUGAAUACGCAACCAGUGAGAAUUUUGAAAACACACCCAACUUUCAUAUUCCACUGGAUACCAUAGAAAUAUUAUCAGAGGCAGCAGAGGCAGGAGGUGGUGGUGAUUGGUUGUUAUUCAAGUAUCUUUUCCUUUCAUUAGAAAAUUAUCCACAAAUGACAGUUGCUUUAGCGCAGAUGAGAAAGAUGCAAGAGCGUAGUUAUUAUAUUUGCUCUCGUUUAGCCUCUUCGCCACUUAAUGCUCACUACGGCUUGAAGUUGCCUUCAUACACACAUUUUACAAGUCCAAUAAGACGAUACUUUGACAUUAUAGUUCAUAGAAUGCUGGACGCUUAUAUAAUGAAUUGUGAAUCCCCUUAUUCCGAAGAGGAACUGGAUAAAAUAGCCUGGAAAUGUAACACUGCCUUUAGAAACAGCAAAAAUUAUGAAAGGUCCAUUUUCAAAUUACACUGUAGCUUAGCAUUUGAAAAAUUACCUUUGAUAUAUUAUCCGCCGAUAGAGAAUAUUACAGAGAGCGAAAUAUCAAUUAUAUUUCCAACAAUACCAGAUUUACGAGAAAGUGGAAGUAUCAAGAUGAGAUUAUUAGCUCCUAGCUGUAUACCAGAGGUGAAAGAAGAUAAAUCCGUCUUGGUUUCAUGGCGGGAAAGAAUAUACAAUAUGCAAUCUAGUGAGGUCAUAGAUGGUUCGUCUGUUACACAACUUGUUUCUCCAAAGAAGAAUUUGUUAGUGAGCUCAGAGAAAUGGCAAUCAAUCUUAAAGGCUGUAUGUAAUAACGAAAUUGCCAAAGCUAUUUUAGAAUUUAAGGAUGUAACUAGUACUGUGGAAGAUAACUCAAAUUAUAAAUGGGUCCAUGAUUUAUCAGGCGAAGCAUCAAUUAGCCAAAAAUUAAGCCACUUUGUUCGUUUUUCUUCUGAAUAUAAACCGGGUUCACUUUUAAAAAUCCAGAUGGCAGCGGGGUUAGAGCGAGGAAUUUCCACGCCAAAGAUUCAACUUCUCUGUUUAACAUCGCAGUUGUCAUUGUGUCUUGAACAUCGCCAGGAUCCCAUAUCGUGCUUUACGGAACUUGCGUCAAGAAGAGCUUCCAAACCCACUUACAAGUCCAUAGAUGAAUAUAAGGGACUGUGGUUACCGGUUCUAGCAAUGGAAGCCGCCACGGCUGCAGUAAAAGGUCAAGAACAAGUAUUUAUACAUAAUGUUGAAAUAGAAUGGAAAACCGUACCUCAAAAUGGUAUUGAGGGGAAUUUCAUUUUACACUCAAAGUUCUGUGAUGAACGUGGUCUGAAUUUGUUGUCACUGUUAUCAGAUUACGUUUGUGUUCGAUACAAAGACUUGAGAGUUGACCAUUCUUCCGAUAUCUCUGAUAAGAUUAAUGGUUAUGUGAACCAUAAAGAGAAAGUGACGUUUGUUUGCCAUUGUAUAGUUAUCAGUGUUCUACCUAGCAGUAAAGGAGUGGAUGGUAAAAUAACUGAAAAUGCAGUGGUUACUUUAAAACUGCAUCAGUGUGCGAUGUCUUUUCCACAACAUCUAUUAGAAUAUACUUGUCGACACACACUAGAAGUUAUACCGAAAUCAUUGCCUCAACGGUUAGUUAGCUCAUUAAUUUAUUAUUAUAAUUAUUAG